GUUAUUACUUAAAAGUAGAGAGAUGUUAAUCAUUUCCCUAAAAAGGUAUGGCGGGACUUAAAAAGCCGCACUAGCAUCAAAGCACGAAAUCGGCGAAGGCAACAAGCUUUAACUGAAAACAGGCCUAUCAGUGAGGAGCCCCUAACGGAAUUCGAGAGGCGGGUGUCUGCUCUUAUAGGGGAAGAAUAUAUGAAUGGGCACCAUUCAACAGCUGAAAAUAUUCCACUAGAGGAGGUAAUCCAAAUGGGUAUCGAAGUGAAAGAUGAAAGCAUGAUUUCGGAAGCCCCGUCGCCUUUACGGACGCCACUUGCAGAAAAUUUCACGCUGAGGUCAGGUAAUUCGCACAUCUCAGACAGGAGAACACCACGGGCGAGCUUGAAAAGAAAGCGCAUGGAAGAAGACGGUGAUGCUCGGAAGAAAUUUUUGGAAAUAGCAGAAAAACAGGCAGAUGCACUAAAGAUGCUAGCCCAGUCGAGUGUAGAAAACGUAGAAGUCGCGAAACAACAAGCAGAUGCUUUAAAGAUCUUAGCCGAAAGCAGCUCUGCAAGUGCCCAGGCGAAUAAAAUGAUGGCGGAGGCAAUAGCCGUAUUGGGGAAUGGUUUAAGCGCUACCGCGGAAACAUUCAACAAUCUAACGCCAAUCAUAAGCCAAAUACUCAAAGGACAUACUCGCAGUUUUUAAAUAAGUUUUUGAUCAUAAAAUUUCACAGUUCUGAUUAAAAUUACUAAUUCUUCUUUAUCGUUUGAUUUAACAACACCAAAAUUAUUGUCGUUUAGAUUGCGAUAAUCGACAUCGUAACCAAUCAGCUGAUUUUGUCUUGUCGAUUUUCGUAAUGAAAUGGGUUACUGAAUAGCAAAAUCGUAAAAAUUGUGGUUAAGGAAAGAUAACAAAGUGAAUAUCGAUAAAAUAUGUUAGUGAAUCGCACCACAGGUCUCAAACCAUAGUUAUCGAUAUCGAUAGUUCUCAUGCAGUUAAAAUACACCCGAUACUAAAACUGAAUUCACUAUGAAACUGCAUACUUUGAUUAAAAUUUGAAUUUUUAGAUUUUUAACAGUCAAGAUUGAGACAAGGCGAAUAGAAUAGAGACGGUGGCGUCUUCCAAAAAUCCUUACUUUAUAUUUCACGAUUUUGACAAGGCCGAUGUCAUUCAGCAUAUAUUAUAAAAACAAACAAAAG